ACGGGGCCUUUCUGUCAGUGAUCUUUAGCUCCGGAGGUGUGGACCCGCAAUCCCUUUGCUUUUUUGUCCUUUUAAAUUAUAUAUACGUGUAUGUAUAUAUUACCCACCACUAGCAGGGAAGAGCAUUUUCUCCCCCUCCUUCCCACUCCCAAUUUUCCUCUGCAUUUAAAGGAGAAUUGCCUUUUUUAAUGUUUUCUUUUAAAGGCUUUUAAAUAUUGUUGCAGGGAUAAGGAUGGUUCAUUUCAAAACGUUCUCAUGCACUUAAAACCAGUAUUGUCUCCAUACGCUUGGCCUUUCAAAACCGAAUCCUCUUUGAAACACGCGAGAGAGGUUCUUUAAAGAUAUUAAAACUCCGACCUCGAAACAUACGAAAAAAAAACUACUAUCAGAUCAUUCCAUUUAUUUUUUAUUAUUUAUUUAUUUAUUUUAUUUUUUAUUAUUUUUCCUGUUUGGAACUUUCCUGAUAGAGCCCUCAAAGCUCCACCAAAAAGCACCUCCUUUAAAACUCGCUCUUGUUGCUCGCGUCAGAUGUAAGCGGGGGAUUUCUCAGGCGCUGCCGGUGCAGUUUUCCACCCGUUAGGGCUCAGCUCAUUGCACGCGUAGUCCGUGAGCGCGUUACUUUGCACCAUAUCGGACUGAUUCACGCUUUUUAGUUGUUUUUUAAUCGUGUCGUCCGUCCAUUCCCGCUUGAUUUGCAAAUGUUCGGAACAGCGUUUUGACUUUGGGAUUUUGGAGGAUGGAUAAAAUACUUGUUUUAUUUGAUUCUGGUGGAAAGGUCGCGCUUCGCAGGGGUGCACGAAGUUGAAUUUUCUUUGAAAUUGGGGUUAUAUAAACGGCAUCACGUGGCGGUGGCAUUUGCCUGCUGGAAAGAGGAUCCCACCUCUCGGGGAGAACGGGGGGGAUGUUCCAGUCUACCCGGCCGCAGAAAGACCAUUAUCGGCCCGAGAGAUGGGGAGACCCAGCUCCCCCCCCGCUCCCUCCUCCCCUGGAGAUGCCCCACCUCGUGUCCACGCGUGUGCUGAGCGGUUCUGUCCCGCGGCAAGGUGCCCCGUGUGCGCUGCCGGGCAGACUGCGGGAAGGCGGCUGUUUACCUUGUCCAAAAGAUGCAUUUAAUAAUACCGCCUCCCCUCGUCCCAUCCCCCACCUCCAAAUCCUAUCAUCCCUUGCGGGCUGGGAUAAUAAAUAAGUCUUUAUUUCUCCCUCUCCAGAAGUUAAAGGGCCUCGUUCCCUCCCCGGGCUGCUAGAAGUGAGUUGCGGGCAGCGCUGCUUCGCCUUCCCGCCCUGCCUAGCACCGGGCUCAGUGCAUGUGUGUAGUUAGAUGUAUAUAUAUUUGAUUGAGUGUCAGACUUUACUUAUGUGCCUCUUAUCUCUGCUCUCUCCUCGAUGUGUGCCUGCAGUGGGGGAUUCAGCAAAGGAAGCUCGUAACAUGGCGGACACCGAGGAAGGCUUUGGACUCCCGAGCACGCCAGCUGACUCGGAGGCCAAGGAGCUGCAGGCUGAGGCCAAGCAAGAUCCCCAGCUGGGGACCACCAGCAAGGCCCCCACCUCUCCACAGGCAGCCUUCACCCAGCAGGGCAUGGAGGGGAUCAAAGUGUUUUUGCACGAGCGGGAGCUGUGGCUGAAAUUUCAUGAGGUGGGGACGGAGAUGAUCAUAACAAAGGCUGGAAGGCGUAUGUUUCCCAGUUACAAAGUGAAGGUCACUGGACUCAAUCCAAAAACGAAAUACAUACUGUUGAUGGAUAUUGUACCAGCGGAUGACCACAGAUACAAAUUUGCAGAUAAUAAAUGGUCCGUGACUGGGAAGGCAGAGCCGGCCAUGCCCGGACGUCUCUACGUGCACCCCGACUCCCCUGCUACCGGAGCCCAUUGGAUGCGGCAGUUGGUUUCCUUCCAGAAGCUCAAGCUCACCAACAACCACCUCGACCCCUUCGGACAUAUCAUCCUGAACUCCAUGCACAAAUACCAGCCCCGGCUCCACAUUGUGAAGGCGGAUGAGAACAACGGCUUCGGCUCCAAGAACACCGCCUUCUGCACCCAUGUCUUCCCAGAGACUGCCUUCAUCGCUGUUACCUCUUACCAAAAUCACAAGAUCACUCAGCUGAAGAUUGAGAACAACCCCUUUGCAAAAGGAUUCCGCGGCAGCGAUGACAUGGAGCUCCACAGGAUGUCCAGGAUGCAGAGUAAAGAGUACCCAGUUGUUCCCAGGAGCACAGUGAGACAGAAAGUGUCCUCGAAUCACAGCCCCUUCAGUGGUGAGACCAGGGUCCUUUCCACCUCCUCCAACCUGGGCUCCCAGUACCAGUGUGAGAAUGGGGUGUCAAGCACCUCCCAGGACCUGCUGCCACCUGCCAACCCCUAUCCAGUCUCCCAGGAGCACAGCCAGAUCUACCACUGCACCAAGAGAAAAGAUGAGGAAUGUUCCACCACUGAGCAUCCCUACAAGAAGCCCUACAUGGAAACUUCACCGGCAGAAGAGGAUCCUUUCUACAGGUCCAGUUACCCCCAGCAGCAGGGACUGAACACUUCAUACAGGACUGAAUCAGCCCAGCGCCAAGCAUGUAUGUAUGCCAGCUCUGCUCCCCCCACGGACCCUGUGCCCAGCCUGGAAGACAUCAGCUGUAACACAUGGCCCAGCGUGCCGUCCUACAGCAGUUGCACAGUGUCUGCCAUGCAGCCCAUGGACAGGUUACCCUACCAGCAUUUCUCUGCCCACUUCACCUCGGGGCCUCUGAUGCCCCGGCUCAGCAGCGUGGCCAACCACACGUCCCCCCAGAUAGGAGACACCCAUAGCAUGUUCCAGCACCAGACCUCAGUUUCUCACCAACCCAUUGUGCGGCAGUGCGGACCUCAGACCGGCAUCCAGUCUCCCCCGAGCAGCCUGCAGCCUGCAGAGUUCCUCUAUUCCCAUGGCGUGCCUCGAACCCUCUCACCCCACCAGUACCACUCUGUGCAUGGUGUGGGAAUGGUGCCAGAGUGGAGUGAAAACAGCUAACGAGGCAGUCAGUGGAAAUGGGAAUAAAAUAAAAUAAAUAAAAUAAAAUAAAAUAAAUAAAAUUUAAAAAGUGGAGGGGGAAAUAAGAGAAAAAAAAAGGGGGGGUGGGGGUGGGGAAACAGCACCCCAUUGAUAACAAAAACAAGAGCAUUCUGCAAGUCUCCUUUAAGUGAAUGUUCUCCGUCAGCACUAGAGGGGAAUGGACACUGAUUGUGCCAAUGGUUGGAAGCAUGGAUGGAGCACUCAUUGGCCACGGCAGGAUGUGCCCCCUUGCCCCCCCGCCCCGUGCUUUGGUUCAGAAGGCAAACCCAGCGGAGCAGAGAGCUGCCCUCACUUCCCCACCCCUGGUCUGUGUCGCUGCCACAGCCAUCCUCUGCCUGGCCCUCCCCCCCCCUCUUUUCUCCUUCCCAAAGAGCCACAUGACUCCUGCUGCCUUUCUCAACACAGCCAGAGUGCUGGGAUGAAAACAACUGGGAUGUUACUAUUUUUUUUUUUCUUUCUUUCUUUUUUUUUUUUUUUUUUUUUUGUGGUGUUGAU